UUCAUUCACAUGGCCUCAAAAAGUGGAGUAGGGAAACUGUAAAUCCUGAAGCUCCCACCUUUCUCUCCUUUCCACUCCGCAGUUCACUCCUCCAUGGGGUUCACACGGAGCUCCUUCCAUCUUUAUUAAAGCGAAGCGCAAUAGAAUCUUUCGUAGGUGUGCUGCCAUUGUGGUGGUUCCGGUAGUUGACGUGAUUGGCGUGGCAACAAAAUCGAAGCAAUGAGGGUUCUUGCGAUUUUCUCGAGUAGUAGAAAAAGAGCGGGUGUUUGGGUUGGGGUGGCGGAGGAUGAGAGAGGACCUGCAGGAUGGGCAAUUGUGGAACAAGAGAAGAAUCUGCAGUGGCCGCAGCUCAUGUUCAAGGGAAAAAUGUUCAAUUGCCUCAGCAAUCUGCAAGGAAGUCAUUAUCGGGGAAGAAGCGCGACCUUUCCUUCUCAGACAUGAGUGAUCCUUCAACCCCACGGAAUUUUGCAGACUCAAGAAAUAUUGCAAUAUACACUGACAUGAUAGCUUUUACAUUAUUUGAGCUUGAGACGAUUACGAAGAGCUUCCGUCCAGAUUAUGUUCUUGGUGAAGGUGGAUUUGGAACAGUUUACAAGGGAUAUAUUGAUGAGAGUGUGAGGACUGGUCUCAAAUCUUUGCCAGUUGCUGUGAAAGUACUUAACAAGCAAGGCCUUCAGGGACAUAAAGAAUGGCUUACGGAGGUUAAUUUUCUAGGACAGUUGAGACAUCUGAAUCUAGUGAAGCUGAUUGGAUAUUGCUGCGAGGACGAUCACAGGCUCCUUGUCUAUGAGUUCAUGUUCCGGGGAAGCCUCGAGAAUCACUUAUUUCGAAAGACAACUGCUCCAUUAUCUUGGGCAACAAGAAUGAUGAUUGCCCUUGGUGCUGCCAGAGGGCUUGCUUUCCUGCACCAUGCAGAGAAACCUAUCAUCUACCGUGACUUUAAGACCUCAAAUAUAUUACUGGACUCUGACUAUACAGCAAAGCUAUCUGAUUUUGGGCUUGCAAAAGCAGGGCCACAAGGUGACGAGACCCAUGUUUCGACGCGGGUUAUGGGCACCUAUGGAUAUGCUGCUCCAGAAUAUGUCAUGACUGGUCAUUUGACCUCAAGGAGUGAUGUCUACAGCUUCGGAGUCGUCCUUCUUGAGCUUUUAACUGGCCGGAAAUCCAUAGACAAGACCCGGCCUGGCAAGGAGCAGAGCCUUGUAGACUGGGCUCGUCCCAGGCUCAAUGACAAGAAGAAGCUGCUCCAAAUCCUUGAUCCGAAUCUGGAGGGCCAGUACUCCAUGAGAGCAGCUCAUAAGGCUUGCAGUCUUGCCUUCUACUGCCUCAGCCAGAACCCAAAGGCAAGACCUCUAAUGAGUGAUGUAGUGGAGACAUUGGAGCCACUGCAGGCGAGCGAUAAUGGCAUAAGCGGCAUCCCUGACUGCAGGAUGAACAGAAGGCUUGCAGCUACCAGCAUGGGUUGUCGGCCAAUUCCGACAGCGAAGUGUUCUUCGCCCGGCACUGUGGCCGCUUGCCGAGUGAGAUGAUCCUCCUCUUGUACAUUUGAUGAUUCUACUUGUUGACUUGCUAUGUGCGUCUGUGUUUUAUCUUUGUGGGCUAUUUUCCUUAUUUUUGUUGUUAAUGCUGCAAUCUUAGGAGAGGAAACCCAGCCAAAGGCAGGGUUUUUGUUGGAGUAAUGGAUCUGUAGUUGUGCGCUCAAGAGGCUGAUGUCUUUUUGUUACCUCAGUGCUCGUUUGAGGAUGCGGUGGUUGUAGUGCUUGUGUUGUGUUGUGUUCUUUAGUUC